GGGGAGGCGGCGGCGCCGCCGCAAGGAACCCGCUCGGAGCCCCUGCGCAGCGCUCGGAGCCGCUGCCGGCCUGCUGCGGGCUCCGCCGGCACCGCGGCCUGCUGUGCUGGGGGCACUGAGGGACAACAGGUGAAACGCUGAGGGCACUGCUGGAGGUACUGGGAGCACUGCGGGGUCAGGAGGGCAGCGGUGUGGAGGACAGGAGGUACUGGGAAGUAGCCGCUCCGAGGGAGUCCCGGCUGCCUGCCCAGCGCUGAAGGUGCUCUUUCCUGUGGCAAGUAAGGCGCGUUACCCUUUGUGUGAGGACUUGUCGGCGGCUCCGUGUCCCCUGCUGCUUAUCCCGAGGAGUCCCGAGCUGGAUGGCCGCCUACCGUUGGAUGCUGAGCGGUCCCGAGUGCCGGGGGUUGGCUUAACACUGCGCAGAAGUGGAAUGUGGAAAGAAUGGAUGUGGUAACCGCUGGCCUGCAGGAUAAAUAUCCCCAGUGGAUGCUUACAGAAAGCCAGGAGGAAGCUUCUUUGGAGCAUAAAAAGAAGCCUGCUAUCCAGAGGAGUGUUCUGGAGGAUGGGCUGCCAUUCCUGGAGUUCUCUGGCUCUGUUGUUUAUAGCUACGAAGCCAGUGACUGUUCCCUUCUCUCAGAAGAUAUCAGGCAGAGUUUAUCAGAUGGGGCUGCUGUUGGAUUUGACAUUGAAUGGCCACCAUCAUACACGAAAGGGAAAAUGGCCAAAACAGCUGUAAUCCAGAUGUGUGUCACUGAGGACAAGUGUUACCUGUUUCACGUCUCCUCCAUGGCAGGUUUUCCCAAGGGACUCAAAAGGCUGCUGGAAGAUGAAACAAUUAAAAAGGUUGGCGUAGGAAUUGAGGGAGAUCAAUGGAAGCUGAUGAGUGACUUUGAAAUCAAGCUGAAGAGCUUUGUGGAUCUGGCUGACGUUGCUAAUGAGAAACUGAAGUGUAAGGAGAUGUGGAGUCUAAAUGGCCUGGUGAAGCACCUUUUUGGUAGGCAGCUGCUGAAGGAUCAGUCUGUCCGCUGCAGCAACUGGGAAGAGUUUCCACUCAACGAGGAGCAGAAGCUCUAUGCAGCCACAGAUGCCUAUGCUGGCUACAUUAUUUAUGAAAAACUGAAAAAUAUGAAUAAGAGUGAUGGGAAAUUAUUUAGUAUAAGGAAAGAUGCCACAUCUGAGGGUGUGAAGGAGCGCUUGGCUUCUCUGGCUGAAGAGAUAACAAACCUGGCGUCUCACAUCCCUGACUCGUCUGGACAAGGGGAAAACUUCCAGAGGGCUGCAGAAAUACUAGCUGAGAUAUCAGAGAAUGUCAGUGCCUUAAAAACCACCCUGUUGGGCUCAGGUUCCCCUUCUGGACUGGAGAGGAGCCGUGGUGCAACUACAACACAUUUCGAAGUCAAGUCAGCAAAUGUCAAAGCACAAAAAGCAGAAUGUGCUGAGCAACCUGAAGGUGACCUCAACAUCUGCUCUGAUGCUACGCUGGCUGUCCUCUGGGAGGGAGAAAUGAGUGGAGAGGAGGCACAGAGUGGUAACACUGCUCUGGAAAAUGGAGCUCCAGCAGCCAGAGUUACAGACAAAGAGGACAGAGAUGACUUCAUGUCCCUGGACAUUACUGAGCAAGAGCUUCAGUUCUUGGAAUGUCAGGCUGCAAAGGAACUGGUCAGUGAAGCUGCACCCGAGGAGGCAUGUUCCACAGACAAUGAACAAAAUGUUUCCUGUGUCAUUGAGAGUGAUGAAGAGCUGGAAAUGGAGAUGCUGAAAUCUCUAGAAGAUGUAGAUGAUUGUGAACGAGUUUUACCUGAAGGAGAGUCCAGUAAAGCCAGGAAAACUCCUGACACAGAAGUGGAUGUAGCACCAGAUGGUGAUGAAGAUGAAGCCAUUGAGGAAGAGGAGGAAUAUUUUGAUCCACUGCUGCCUGAACCUGGAGAAAGGCACAUCACAUGUCUGAAGACCUAUUUUGGGCAUUCUUCAUUUAAACCGGUCCAGUGGAAAGUGAUCAAUUCUCUUUUAGAAGACAGAAGAGAUAAUCUUGUUGUCAUGGCAACUGGCUAUGGAAAAAGCUUAUGUUACCAGUUUCCUCCUGUUUACACUGGACACACAGGCAUUGUCAUCUGCCCUCUUAUCUCCCUGAUGGAGGACCAGGUGCUGCAGUUGACAAUGACGGGGAUUCCAGCGUGUUUCCUUGGUUCAGCUCAGUCGAAACAGGUCAAGGAUUCCAUCAGAGGGGGUCAGUACAGAGUCAUAUACAUGACUCCAGAGUUUUGUUCAGGGAACUUAGAGUUACUUCAGGACCUUGACCAAACUGUUGGUAUCACCCUCAUAGCUGUGGAUGAAGCUCACUGCAUCUCCGAGUGGGGCCAUGACUUCAGGAACUCCUUCAGGAGUUUAGGCUUGUUAAAGAAGACUCUGCCAUCGGUCCCCAUUAUUGCUUUAACAGCAACUGCGAGUCCCUCGAUUAGAGAGGACAUAGUGAAAUGCCUGAACCUGAGGAAUCCCCAGGUCACCUGUACCAGUUUUGACAGACCUAACCUGUACCUCGAAGUUGGACAACAAAGUGGAGACAUCUGUAGGGAUUUGAAGCAGUUCCUAACCAGGAAAGGAAGCAGUUCUGUGUAUGAGUUUGAAGGCCCCACUAUCAUCUACUGCCCUACAAGAAAGGCCACUGAGCAUGUGGUGUCUGCACUGAAUAAACUCAACGUGGCCUGUGGUACCUACCAUGCUGGGAUGGGGAACAGUCAGAGGAGAGACACCCACCACCGGUUCAUGAGGGAUGAAAUUCAGUGUGUUGUGGCUACGGUGGCGUUCGGAAUGGGCAUCAAUAAGGCCGAUAUCCGGCUGGUUAUCCACUACGGCGCCCCGAAGGAGAUGGAAUCCUAUUACCAGGAAAUGGGGAGAGCCGGGCGCGACGGGCUUCCUGCUGCCUGCCACGUCCUGUGGGCUGCGGCAGACUUGGCCUGUAACAGACGCCUCCUGAAUGAGAUCCACAACGAGAAGUUCCGGCUGUACAAGCUGAAGAUGUUGGCAAAGAUGGAGAAGUACCUGGUGUCCAAUAGCUGCAGGAGGAAAAUCAUCCUGUCUCAUUUUGAAGACAGACAACUCCGAAAGGUUUCCUCUGGCAUCAUGGGCACGGAAGAAUGCUGUGAUAAUUGCAGGUACAGAGGCUCCCGCCUUGCAGUCCCCAGUGACUUUGACGGCGGUUUGCAGGACUUUGGGAAGCAAGCACACCAGCUGCUGUCUGCAGUGAGUGCCCUGGAUGAGAAGUUUGGGACCAGAAUGCCAAUUCUGCUUCUUCGAGGGUCUUGCUCUCAACGCUUGCCAGACCGGUACCGGAGGCACCCUCUCUUUGGCUGUGGAAAAGAGUGGCCAGAGAACUGGUGGAAACAGCUCUGCCAGCAGCUGAUAAUGGAAGGGUUCCUCAAAGAAGUCUCAGGCCAUAACAACAAGUUUGCAACCAUUUGUGUGCUCACCCAGAAGGGUAGAAAUUGGCUGUCAAAAGCUGGAUCUGCCUCAAAUCCAAGUCUUCUGUUACAGUCUAGUGAAGACCUUAAUCUGCAGAGACCUUCUACCAGCAGCAGACGUUCGCCAGUGCUGUCCAAGCAGCGCUCCCCAAGCACAAAGGGAGCAACACAGUCACCAGGCAAGCAGAUAUCUCUGGUUGAGAUGUUCUCCUAUGACAGGAAAGGUAAAACUCCGCCACGAAGCACUAACAUACUUAACAGUGUUUCAGGGCGCUCACCACUGAAAUCUCCUCUGAAGCCCCAAGAACCAGGUGUUUCAUCCCGAGAAAGAGAACUAGAGACUGCUCUGUAUGGCAAGCUGCUGACUGCUAGACAGAAGGUAGCUAAUGAGAACGAAAUUCCUCCAGCUGUCUUGGCAACCAAUAAGAUCCUGGUGGAGAUGGCCCGGAUAAGGCCUACGAACAUUGAGAACCUGAAGAAAAUCGAUGGUGUGUCUGAAGCCAAGUCCACCAUGCUGAUGCCUCUCCUGGCUGAAAUUAAGGACUUCUGCCAAGUAAAUGGUUUGCAGACCGACACAUUCCCCACAUCUGCACCUAAGGUUCAGAAAGAAGCAUCUCCCUGGAAGUGCGCUAGAGCCCUUUCUCGCUCAGAGGAAGUCACAUAUAUCCUGUUCCAGGAGAAAAAUUACUCUCUGGGGGCCAUAAGUGAGUGCAGAUCUCUGCCCCUUGCUGUGGUUGGCACUCACCUGUCCCAGGCCCUGGCAGCUGGCUACACUGUGAGCCUGGAGCGAGCAGGUUUGACUCCUGGAGUUCAGCAGGUCCUUACGGAUGUUAUCCGCAAUCCUCCCAUUAACUCAGACACUACCAAAAUUCAAGAAAUUAGAAAACUUACUCCUGCAAAUAUUGAGCUGUAUCUGAUCAAGAUGAUGAUUGUACUCUUGGAGAAAGAGCAUAGAAAUAAAUCUAAGGAUGGCUUAGGCAUCAAAAGAAGGUUGGUGUGGCCUGAAGGGCAGCAGGAAAAAACAGGAGCCGAUCAAGCAAGCAGGGGAGGUGCCUUGUGGAAUAAAGCACAGGGUAAUUGGAUCAAUCCAGCAUCCAAGGAAGGAGCAGAGAAACCCCAUCUGCAUGUGGUGCCUUUGGCUUCGACUGCAGGGAGCGUGGAUGGCAGCCAGGCAGGGAGCAGGGGGGCAGCAGGCCCCUCGAAGCCCAUCACCCCGGCCCCCUCCAACCAGGCUGCCCUCGAUCCCGAGGAGGAGGAGCUGUUUGCUGACUCUCAGCCAAAGGUGAGACUGCAGGAGCACAGCCCAGACCCGGUGGCUGGGGUGGGGAUCUUCAACAAACCAAAUUGCCAGCUUCUCUCUGCGUUCCUGACUGUGCCAAAACCUGGGCGUGGCUUGCCAGCCCACUUCUCUCAUGGACAUCCCUGAGGCAGUGAUGCCAUGUUGCUUUUAUUGCCCUUGCUGUGUCCAGAUAUCCCACUUGGACAGCAAUAGACUGCUACAGGAAACUUUGCCCCCAGUACAUUGUCAGCUAUCUCAUGGCAGGUGCUUCCACCAUUUUCAGAGGACAUUUGGUUCCUUUUUUUUCCUUUUAAGUACAGGGUUCUUCUGUGAGGCUGUGCCGAUCACAUUAAGAUUUUUGUGCUGGUGUCGAUAGGAACACAAGUUGUAUGUGCAGAUGUUAAGAGUUUUUCUUUAAAAGGGAGCUCAUGUCUCUGACCAGCACCACUUGUUGAACCACUUGCUUCAGUUUGAAGCUGGAUAUUACUGUGAGUUCAAAUCUUCUCAGCCUUGAUUCUCAGAGUUUAAUUCUUAAUCCCUUAGGUACUUGAAUAAGGUGUUGGAUUUAAGUGAGGCAUAAGUCUUCCAUGAACAAUUUGGACUGUUCAUGGCUACAGCUGAGCAUGAAUUUGAGGAGUAGAGCUGUGCAAAUGAGCCAGGCUGUGAAUGUGCGUUUCCUUCCGUGUUUGUGCGUUUGUUUCCUUCCAGAACUCUCAUCCCCCUGCUAAGAGGCGGGUGCCAGAAUGGUUUGGAACCUCGGCAGCAACAGCUGGACCUGAAACCCAGACCAA